ACCGUGCCUGGCAGGAGCCACCGCUUCUCCUGCAACGCCGAGAAUGACGCGUGAUGGUCGCAAAAUAAACUCUCCUUCACAGAAAAGCAAAGCAACGACAGCUUGUGCAGGCAGGAAUCGCACCGCAGACCCGGGGCAGAGCCAGCUCCCCGCCCUGGCUGCUCGGCCGUGAAUGGACUGGUAAACACAGACGCAUUUGGCGUGCAGUCUGCUCGCAGGACGCAUGAGCGUCUGUAGUCUGGGGUGUAUUUUUCCACCGUUAAGUUGUGCUGUUAAACGUGCACACUUGUGGUUUUGAUCCGAAGGGCGUGUCGGAUGUUGUGCCUGACUCGGGGGUGCUGGUUUUAAGCCGGAUCGGUGGGUGUUGCAGGAUGUUUUGAGCCUUGUGUCGUCUUGAGAGAGAGGGGGGAGUCUCCACUGCAGACAGGUCGGGCUCCGCGCCGCCGAUCCUCCUCACAGGACCAACAGCGAGGGGGGGGGAGAAGUGCUGACAGGACUCGCUGCUGGGGGGGAAAUCUGGACACAUACGGCGUGAAAAUGACGAUGUCUGUCCCGGAGAGGAAAUCGGGAUCGGAGGGGAAAGAGGAGGAGAGCGAGGAUGAGAGUGAGAUCCUGGAGGAGAGCCCCUGCGGCCGCUGGCAGAAACGCAAAGAGCAGGUGAGCCAAGGAAAUGUCCCCGGCGUGGAGAGUGCGUCCCUGGCCAUGGACACGGAGGAGGGAGUGGAGGUGGUGUGGAACGAAGUCCUGUUCUUAGAUAAGAAGGUCUUCAAAGCACAAGAGGAGAAGAUCAAGGAAAUGUUUGAGAACCUGAUGCAGGUGGAGCACCCCAACAUUGUCAAGUUCCACAAGUACUGGCUGGACAUGAAGGAGAGCCAGGCGCGGGUUAUAUUCAUCACUGAAUACAUGUCAUCAGGCAGCCUAAAGCAAUUUCUAAAGAAGACUAAAAAGAACCACAAAACCAUGAACGUGAAGGCCUGGAAGAGAUGGUGCACCCAGAUUUUAUCUGCACUCAGUUAUCUGCACUCUUGUGACCCGCCAAUAAUCCACGGCAACCUGACAUGCGACACAAUCUUCAUCCAGCACAACGGCCUCAUCAAGAUUGGCUCAGUGUGGCAUCGGCUUUUUGUUAAUGUAUUCCCAGACGCCAGCCUUCACAGUAAAGGGAGGCAACACCGCGAUGAACAGAGGAAUCUCCACUUUUUUGCUCCAGAAUAUGGAACUGGUGAAGAUGAUUACGCCAUUGACAUUUUCUCCUUCGGCAUCUGUGCUCUUGAGAUGGCCGUCCUGGAGAUCCAGGCCAACGGAGAUACUGCUGUGUCCAAGGAGGCCAUAGUCAAUGCAGGUCAAUCUCUGGAAGACCCUCUCAUGAGAGAGUUCACACAGUCUUGUUUACGUCACGAUGCCAAGCUCCGUCCCACGGCUCACGACCUCCUGUUCCACCGAGUUUUAUUCGAAGUCCACUCCCUCAAACUGCUCGCCGCCCACUGCCUCAUCAACAACCAGUACCUGCUUCCAGAGAACUGCGUGGAAGAGAAAACCAAGUCGUUUGACCCCAACGCCGUCAUGGCGGAGAUUAAACACGACGACAGACAAGGAGUUCAGCUCAAGUAUUCCCACGUUUCCCCGUUGGAGCUCGACAAGUUUCUGGAAGAUGUCAAGAACGGGAUUUACCCGCUGAUGAACUUCGCCUCGUCUCGGCCUCACCCCGUCCCCCGAGCUCUGUCCUUGUCUCAGGAGCAGGUCGAGACAGUAAAGACGCCGACUCCUGAACCCCAGGAGACGGAGACAAGAAAGGUUGUUCAGAUGCACUGUAAUUUGGAGUCAAAUGAAGAAGGGACCAAAACUCAUCUCUCUCUGUUUCUGAAAAUGGACGACAAACUUCAUCGGCAGCUAAGCUGCGACAUCCUUCCAACAGACAACCCAAAAGACCUUGCCUCUGAACUUGUUCACUACGCCUUCAUAAAUGAGGAGGACAGUGAGAAGGUGGCGGGGUUCCUGGAGGACGCCAUCAGCCGACACCGGGUCCGAGCGCUGGCCUCUGGGGCCACACAGUGAGGAGGCGACAGUCACGACAGUGGCAAAGGGAAGGGGGGGCGUCUGGCGCUUUGACCAGACAGGUGGAGAAAGGGAGACGGCAACAGAUCUCGGGGUAACAAAGACGUGACCCCGGGGAGCAGAGGACCCAGCUGGGGGAGAGGACACGGCACAAAAGCAGACAGACGCUGAUCCUGGAGAGUCGUAGACUAUCCCAGCGAGAAGGAAACAAAAACGUCGGCAGUGAAAGAGGAACUGAAGGACUCUCUGGGUGGAGGACCGGAGGCAUCAUGGUUGAACCCAGCAACCCCACAGAGCAGCGGAAUAUCCACCACCUCCCUGCCUAAAAGGGCUAUUACGCCUUAAUGUAUCUUGACAAUUUAAGUUUUCCAUAAUGCCACUAUUGAGAACAGAUACAGAUAUGUUUUACUUCCAGAUGCAGCAGCUAUCUUUUCACAAGGCCAUUUUAUUGUUCCAAGCCUCAUUUGCACUCCAAUAUAUCCGCUAUUAAUUAUUUACACUGAAUUGUAAACAAACUGAUUUAAAGGUUCUCCCCUCACAAGCCGUCCAUCACCAUCAUCUUAGGAAUUUAAUAUUCCGUCCUACAUGCACUGUUAAUACUCAUUCAGUUGACUUAUUUAUUUUGUUUAUAACUGUGAACAACAUAAGCAUUGCACAAGCCUGUUUCAUUUUCCUUUAUUCAUUAUGUUUUUGACUUGCAAAAUGACACCCCCGUCACUGCACUCCUAGGUUAAAGGCUGCGUCUCACGCAGCUUCACAUGCCUCGUCUAAGUGCAACGAUGAGCAAUGAGACGACGCCUCUCUUUUAGCCUGUAGUGCUCUUAAGGGUUUUCCUCGUGAAAGCGUUCUGAAAGCCAAAGACUUGCAAAGUGCCUCACAUGGCAAUGUAGUUUGGACAAAAUUUCCAUACGAAAUGACAUUAUACCCAACUUUGCAAUUCGGAACGUAUCUUAAUAAAGUGGACUGUAGGUUGAAGGUGAGCUAUGGUCUUCCUGACUUGCUCUGAUCUUUUUAACCUCCAGUCAUUCAAAUCAGCUUGUGUGAAUGUGAAAAUUAACUCCACCCCCGAUAAAGGCAGCUCUGUUAAGAGCUGUAGCAACUGUAUAUUAGACGUAUGGAUCGGAUCAUGAUGCUCGCUGCUGCAGUCACAACUGAGGUGGGAAGAAAUGCAGUUUGUGUACAAAAAGUGGAGUACAUCAGUGUCUGAUUUAAAAGCAUAGUCCUGCAUAAAUAAGAGUGUUGGGUGUGUAAUAUUAACAUAAAAUCAAAAAUUGCCAUUGUUAGUGAAUAUUUCCGCUGGAAUUAUUUAAUUAGAUUUGUUUUGUAAAUAUGUUUAGAGAUCUUUAAAAGUGGGGAAAAAAACGGCUAAAUCUACCCAACUCUUUCUGCAGUAUCUGUACUUAAUAAUAUGAAUGAGAAUGUAAGUAUUUUCACUAAGAUUUGUAAUUAUUUUAGAUUGAAAAGCAUAAUCAUUCAUAGUAAACUUUGACUGUGUUAAAUUCUACUGUGCUUUUACUUCAGACAGUAUCAUCGUGAACAUUGGAGGUGAUUCGACUGCAGCCCCCACAAACUCAAAAAUAGAAGAUUCAGUACAGCUCUGCUGGAUUUUCUGUACCAUAACUCAGUUUUAGAUAUGUGAAACAACAGUUUUAGGUGAAUUUUGGUUUAGUGAACUGUGAAAAGGAUGGUCUAAUUAGUCUUCAGCAAAUAUACUUUAGAUUUUUCCAGACUCUUUGAUCUCUGCUCUAUUUGUUUUCUCGGUUUGUAAGAUUGCAAUUUCAUACCAAUUACACUGCUGUACAGUCAUUGCUUACAGUACUUACUAUACUCUUGUGUCAAGCCUAUUUAACUGUCUCUGAAGACAAGAUCCCAGAAUCUUCCCACACUGUGGGAUUGUGGUGUACAUAUUUGUUUGUGGCUAUCAAAGGGGGUUUACGUGGGACAAAAUCUUAAUGAAAUGCAGUGCCAUUGUUUCUCUCAUUUGAUCUAGUGAGCUGCAUGUCUUAAUAUCCUGCAAACAUUCAACACUGCAUUUUGCCUUUGUCAGUCACAGUACAGUUCCAGAAGGAACCUGACCAAAAAACGAAUGUUUAGACUGUGCAACCAUUUGAAAGACGUGCAUAUCAGUCUUAAUUUAUGUCAGAUUGCUUCUCCCCGCCUCCUUGUGUUGAAUGAAACCUGCCUUUGGAUGUGUUCUUCUUAAACCUUUGUUAAUUAUUGUAGCAUCUGCAGUUAAAAAUACAAUAAACAGGAUGUGACAUGUUUGUUACAUUUAAAAACA